AUGGACAAUCUGGCUCGUGCAGCACGUUGCAAACGGAGCGAAGUGUGGUGCGACUGCCUCGCUAAUCGGGAGAUCGCGACAGGCAGCGCAUGGGGAAAAAAAUUACUGGAAUUAAAAGGAAUAUUUAAAGAAGUACUUGAUAAGUGCGGCAGAACAUUGCACGGCGCACUGAAGCUGCUUCCUCGACAAAACGUGCAGAGAGUCGUGACGGCAUCGUGCCGUGUCUACGGUGCGUGUUGGGCGUCGCUAGAUGCCAAAACAACGAGUGAGCUUUUUGACUGCUUUUCUGCUGCGCUCAAGGACCAGAACAGUGUGUUCCACGCAUCCGUGAACAUUUCUGCCAAGCAGUCCUACGCCAUGGUCCAGUUUAUGACAUGCCUCCGCAAUAGCGAGGCCGUCAAGCCACCGUUGGACGUCGUCGAUUACCUGGCUGCCUUCGGCCGUCAAUACAUAUACAGCCUCGUGUGGUUCCGGUGAACCUCGGCGAAGGCCUCCUCAUGAAAGCAACGUUUCUCGACGUUUUAGUUCAAUAAAGACUCAGAAUAUACCCUUUUAAA